AUGGCCGUGGCCCUCCUGUCCUGGCUGUCGCUUCGCAACCGCCGGCACCAGCGCCCCCUCCCUGGUUGGAACACGCUGGGGGUUGUAGGUAUUUUCCAGUCCACCAAGAAGCUGGUGCUGAGCGAGCAAGCGGGACGGGGCCGGGCACUGGAAUUCCUCCGGAAAAACGCGGCCAACGGGCUCUCCGUGGCCAACCUCCUGGCUGGGCUCUCCUCCAUCCUCUGCAGCGUCAACAGGCAAUACCAGUACUCCUGCUGGCUGCUGCUCCUGGGCUUCCUGCUGGAUCUGGCCGACGGGGCCGUGGCCCGGCAGCUCGACGCCUGCUCGGCACUGGGUGCCAAGCUGGAUGACUUUGCCGAUUUCACCACGUUCGGGCUGGGCACGGCGCUGUUGCUGCAGCCCCAGGGUGUGCUGGGGGGGCUGCUGACCCUCGCCUACGUGCUGGCCGUCUUCGCCCGCCUCUGCUUCUUCUCCAGCGGGAUCCCCUUCACCUACCGAGGGCUGCCCUGCCCCUACGCCUCGGCGCUGCUGGUCAGCACCUUCCUGCUCACCGGGGGACACGUGGCCCUGCUCCGCGUCGCCGCGGCUGCCAUGGUCCUGUUCAUGGCCGACUGCGGCUUCUACCCCCACGACAGGGUGCUGGAGUCACAGCUCUGGAAGAAACUGGUUUAUGCUGGAGGGGUGGUGGCUGUCCUGCUGGCACCGACGGCGGUGGCUGCGGUUUAUUGCCUGGCCUGGGCCACGUCCUACAUCGUCUUCCCCUUCGCCCUCUGGAGCUGCAAGGCCUGAGCCCUCCCUAGAGCCUAGUAAAG